ACGGAUUUGUUAUGCUUGACAAAUUUACUCUGGUACAAGCAUGAAGCGCAUCCGAUUGACAUGCAUGAAAAUGCCGCCUCCAUAGAACCAAAAUCGCGAAUGAAGUAGGCAAAUUCAAACAUAUUUAAGAGACUGCGGAUGCUUAACAUACGAUAGUAUUUCUUCUUGCGGCAAGUUGUGCGGAAGGUAAUAACCCUUGGAAGUGAGAGCUUGGACGUUAAUCCUUGAAUAGUUAAGUGUUUCUGUUCCUAACGGUCAAUCAAGAAAGCAAAGCUAAAUUGUAUGUUACUUCGUUGUGUUUGUAUGUCGUUUGCUAGCACAUUCCAUAUAAAAUGAUGCUGAAAAGAGCAUGUGCGUUACGGAUUAUUGCAAUGAUGUUGGCAGUAUUAUUAGCCAACGUCGAAGGCAUGCCAUAUGCGGACGAUUUUCCAUAUCAUGCCUACCGACCACCUACUUUGCCCGCGGGCUCUAGUGCUGAACGGCAGGUGCUGCUCAGAGUAGCUGGAUCUUCUUCAUCUGCAAAAGAUAGUGGAAUCGAAAGUGCUAGUAAUACGCGUGACAAUCGCAAGGACGAAGCGUUUGGUGAAGCAGGCAGUAUCAAUUCAGCAAAGGACGCCGUUCGCUACCAUCAACUUGACAAUCAUUUGGAUGGGCACAGAUUGCUUGACGCAAGCAAGGGCUCCACCGUCGACAAGAUGAAACACCUAUCCGGCGAGAAUUUCGAAACAGACAAAACGCAUAACCGGAAGUACAUCAAGUCCGGUUUCUCUAAUUCCUAUCAUAAAGAUGAAAAUGGUAGUAAAAGCUCCUACUAUGAGGAUUCAGAUGACCGGGGCGGUAAGCAGGUGUACGAUAACCGACACAAUUUUCGAAACGAUCACCUAGAUAAGCUCUACAACCAAGAGCGCCGUAACGAUUACCUGCGCGAUCAUUAUGAUGAUAAGCGGGGCGGGACCGAUGCUCAAGGUACCCACAACAUCCAUAGAGCUGCGGCUCUCAAUCGUGGCAACACGUACGGUUAUCGAGACGGAUACAUGCAUGGUGACCAUAAUGAUCAACGCCGUGGUACGGCGACUGCUUAUGGUGCCUACGAUUACUAUCAACCCGCAUCUUACCAACCCUAUCAUCGACAAUCAUAUUACUACGAGCCUCGGCCAUCGUUUCCAAUAACACCGAUCCAGUCGGCUCCAAUUACAAUCUACGAUGAUUUACGUGAAUUCAGACCGUACGUAGCGUCGAAUUACUACCGUGCGCAACAAUACAUGAUACCCCGUGAGAUACGUGAGGAUACACGUUCUGGUGAUUAUCUGGAGGAUUUCGGCGAACGACGCCGACUCGUAUACAAGGAUAGUCCACCACCAUCGGUUCCACUGCCCGCCGCAGCACAUGGCUACCGAAGAUAUUAAAAGUUACGCAUCGUGAACUUCAGUGCUGUUCCACGUUUAAUAUUUCUAAUGAAUCACGUAUCUUCUAGAGAAUCAGUUCUAUCAGUAUAUUCUAGAGGAGCUAUAAUGCAUGACCAAUGAAAAAACGUGAAAUAUUACUAAUUUUUUCACAAAAUUUCAUAGUAAUACUCUUGGAUGUA